CAAAUUCAUUUUCUCAUUUCUACAGGACCGAAGACAGAUCAGGACGUGAAAUGGAAUCGCAAACUUCAGGAAAUUUCAGGAUCAUCCCUCCUAAUAGGGUAAGUUCUAAGUUAGAUAGAACAGGCGACUGUAUGAAACAGCAGAUGCCUACCAUUAAAGUGGACGACGUCCGUCCACUGAUUCAAUCCUUUUUGGAUAGGAUUACAGUGGAAGACUGGGCCAGAUUCACGAUAGGUGUGGCCGAUUAUCCAGUAAGAAUUGUUUUAGCAGAGCUGGUGUUGGAAUUGGUUGCAUUAGUGUCCAAAUCAGCUAGGGCAACUCUUGGCCACCAUGACAAGGCAGCUGGCCUUACUGACAGACAUGUUAUGUCCAGUCUGGGUGAUUCAAUCGCUCAGGCCUUCGCUCAGGUACUGGAUGUAACUGCUGUCGACCAGUCCAGCGCACAGUCCUUGAAGGAAUGUAUUUCUCAGGAGGCUGUACACAGUGGAAACAGUCGGAUGGAGACUCUGGGCACUUAUGAGACUGUGGUUCCUGACUGCAUACCUUUAGCAGCCAGAAUUGAGAUUAUGAUCCUUCAUAUCUGCUCGAUGUUAAAGGAUUCCAUGGGAAAGAUGAGUGCUUUCUUCAAAACUAGACUAUGGAAACAGCGAAGUCGGGACACUGCAGAGAAAGAUGGGUCUGUGAAGUCCUCCACCCCUGAGAAGCUGGGGACAGAAUCAGUGGACAGCUUUGUAAGCAAAACAACCCAAGCUGUCCAGGAGAUACUUAGGAAAGAGGUCAGUGAGAUUACAGAACCUCUUUUGGAUGAUGUGGCUGACCAUGAGUAUGCUCUGCUGGCAUCUGACAUGUCCCUAAGGACUGAUAAUGUGUCAGGUGUUAUUGCUGAGAGCAUUGUUGAGGAGGCUCAAAUUCGGGAAAGCAUGGAGGCUGAACUUAGGGCUGCCAGUCAAGAAUCCCACAGCCCAUCCUCGUCAAAGCAGCCUAGUCCCAGUCCAGAUUUGAUGAAGACAGGUGGCAGCCCCCAACUCAGGGAGAAGGAGUUCAACGAGUGUUUGAGGAACAAGGUGAAGACCUUUUUUGCCUCAUGCUUCACCAAACUGUCCAUUAAUAGAAUCCGGACACAACUGAAGAACAAGUUCUGUCCCGAUUCUAAAGUCCAGAACAGCGAGUCUUUGCAGUCUUUCAUUGACAGUAUUGACACACUGUUUAAGACAGAGAAUGGUGACGAAUUAGGUGGCAAUGAGCAUGGUGUGUUCGGUAAGUUACAGAGCAUUUCAGAAGGACAUGAGUUGAUCUUCACACAACAACUCGGUGAUAUUAUCUACAGUCACCUUUCAGAGGAGUUGAGUACUCAAAGUGACUCAAAAAAGAGCCUUCCACCACCUGAGACCCUUUAUGAAGCCAUAUCCCAUAAAAUGUGGCGUUUCCUGGGAAUGAUGCGCUGGUGGGUGAAAAUGAAAUCUGAGAUACACAGUAAAAGAGUGGUAUCGGCUUUGGUGGCUAUUGGGGCACUAUCACCAUCACCCACAGUGUCACUGUCUGAGAACACACCCCAGACACCCUCAGUGACACGGUCAGAAGAAGCUUUGCUCAAAGGGACAGAGUCUGAGUCAGAGUCGCCGUUUUUCAUACCACAGUCUAAGACUUCUUCAGCACCCAAAGUGACUGUACCUGAAAAGUCUCUGUCACCAACACCCAGAGUGAUGGUAUUAAGAAAGUCAGUGACAUCAAGGAAGUCAGUGUCACCAACACCUCUAGUCACAAUAACUGAGGGGACUGUCUUAACAACACCUGCAGUCAGAGUUUCUCAGGACAGGGUGUCAUCACCACGUGAUGCCUCAACAACACCUGCAGUCAGAUCCUCUCAGGACUGGGUGUCAUUGACAAGUGAUGCUGCUAUAGUACAGACAGUGAAGUACAAUAAACUCAGUUUACUUGUUAUCAAAGUGGUUAGUCGUAUCUACAACGAAGCCAAGAUAACUAGGCCAGCUGACAACCCAGAGCACAUCAUUAAGAGGCUGAUCGAAAAGACCUGGGCCGACGUCGGGGGAGAAGAUUUCGAAAUCACCCCAGAAACAUUCAAGACCCUGGACAAGAUCGUUUUCAAAAACUUGUGCAGGAAAUGGGGCUCUGCAGACGACGUGCUGGUGUCGAUGGAACUUGAAGAAGCAGCAUUUGAGGAUUACAUUGCCUGCUCUAUCAAAUAUUUGCUUUUGACACCACCAAAGAGCAAGUCCAGCAAGUUCGUUUCCUUUUUUAGCAAACCCUUCAAAGCCUUCACUGGUUUAUUUAAACGGUCUUGAUGUUGUCAUGACAUCAAAUGUCUGUUGGGUUUAAAAUAGCUUUAAAAACAUCAGCUUCAGUUGGAUAGAGACUAGUGAAUGGUUUCGUAAAGGUUUACUCUGGGUGCUCCAGUUUCCUCCUGAUUUCCAUCAACACAAUCAAAAAAAAUGAUUGAUUGCCUACUUUGGGUUUACUGCAGGUGUGCAGGUUUCCUCCCGCUUUACGACAACACCUUAAAAAAAAUUUAACUGUAGGCCACCUUAGGGGUUCUUCCAACUUACCAUCACAACACUUAUGAAAAUUCAUUAAUUAAUUGUCAUUCAGGGUUUACUCCGGGUUGCUCCGGUUUCCUCCCGCUUUACAUCAACAUCAUAAAAAAAAAAAAUAAUUGGGACCACCUUAGGAGUACAUCCCACUUACUAUCACACCACAAUAUUACAUAUAAAUUAAUAUAUGGCCAUUUAGGGUUUACUCAGGGUUGCACUGAAACAUGUAGUUACUCAUAAAUUAGAGUCAGGAUUGUAACAAGCUAAUCUGUUCACAAUACUUUGUUACAUCAAUCAAUUCAUUUUAGCCUAUAACUUGCUGCUCAGAUGUGACUCGGAUCUAAUUAUUAUUAUUUUUUUAUGACAUCGUGAAAACAGCCCAAAUGACAUGGAAUCACAUUUUUUUUUAUCAGACCUGGGCGACUUUGGCUAUUGAUUUUUUUUGUUCAGAUCCAAUUUUUUAGUGGUCAGUUUAGCAGAAAAUGUGCAGUGUAAGUCACACUUAGAAAACAUCAGACCUGUAUCCAAUUUAGGACCACAUAUGAAAAACGCCCAAGUCUGAUUUGAAAAAAUAGGACAGGAAGUUAUUUGUACUUUUCACACUGUCAAAAAAUCCGAUCUGAGUCACAUAUGAGCAAAAAAAAAAAUUCUGAAUUGGGCUGUCUGAACGUAGCCUUUCAUAUGUGGUUCUAAAUCGGAUACAGGUCCGAUGUUUUCCAGUGCAAUGAGGCAGGAGGUCAGCAUCAGCAGACCAGAAACUGUGGGAGGGAGUGUGCCGGUGUGCUCAGACAGAUUUGAAUCCGUCAGUUCUUCGUGGCUGUAAGGAGAGAAGCAAGAUUUACAGAUCAAGGCAAGGGAA